AUGCUGCCAGAAUAUUAUGAAAUCGACAUUUAUUGCUUUGAGGUCAAAUCUUAAGCUUCUUUAGCAAAAACUACCUCUACUUUAGACCUUUUUGAAUUGUUAACAAUAAAAUUUCUAAACAUGUAAGGAAAUAGCAAGGAUUAUCAAUUUUUCUUGCCCACUUUUAAUAAAAAUAUAAGCAUAGAUGGAACGACAUUAAACAGGAUUUUAGGAGAUAAUGAAAAAUGUGUAUUUGAAUUGAAGCGAAUGCUUUAAUAAGACUUAUAAACAACAAGUUAAUCAACUUUAAUUAAAUAAGAAAAAGUUGUAACCGAACUGAAAGAUUAAUUUGAGAAAAAGGAAAUUUUUAAUUAAGACUUAUUAUUAGUUUGUUAAUAAAUAUAUAUAUAAUAAGAAAUUCGUUCAAAAUCAAUUGAGGAAUAAAUUGAUAUAUUAAAUAAAGAACUUAAAUAAUUAGAUAAUAAUAAGAAUCUUACAAAUAAUUAAAAAUAAUACCUUAAACAUUAAUAUUAAUAAUAACUAAUUACAAAAUUAAAAGAUUAUGGCAAAACUAAAUCAAUUCCUCAUGUGAAAUAGAAUAUUGAAGUCUCAAAUCCUGAAUUGGCACUUUUUGUUUUAAAAGAAUCAUUAUUGAGAGAUCAAAAUCGAGAAUUAUUAGCAACAAGUAAAUAAUAUUCCUUUGGAUUUGAUUCAAUAAUUGAAUAUUAUGGCUAAGAUUAAUAUUGUUUAAAAGUAAGAAAUACAAAUCUUGAUUAUGAUAAAAUUGUGAAUGACAACCAAUUAUUGUAAUAACAUUUAUUAGAAUUUAAGUAAAAGCUAUCAAGUUCACUCAAUAUUUCAACUGAUUAAAUUGAAAUUUUAGGAGUAUCAAAGGGUAGUUUGAAAAUUUGCUUUAAUAUUAUAAGAGCUAGUAGGAAAUGGAUUUCAUAAUAGUUUUAAAAUCCAGAAGCAAAGAAAUUCUUAUAUGAGUAUUGUAAUGGAAAUGUAGAUUACGUAGAAUACUUUCAUCAAGCAAAUAGCUAAUCAAAAGGAGUCACUCUUUCUUUUGAUGAUUUGAAUCCUUCACACAAUAUGAGCUGGGAUAAUUUUCAUGAAAAAAAAUAGAGAGGGCCUCCUUAUCAUAGAUAUGAUUAUUAUUUUCCAAUAGGUUGCUAUGGAUUUGGGUUAAAUGUAGAAAAGUAGGUAAAAGAACAUGGAAAUGAUUGGUUAAAAAUGGAUGGUAAUCCAAAAGAAUGGAGAAUUAUGUAUCAUGGUACCAAUUAAGGUGCUGUUAAUUCAAUUAUAAAAAACAAUUUAAUAAGUGGUGAGAAAUAACAUCAUUAAAAUGAUGAAUGUAUUAAUGAGCUUGGAGAGAAAGUUAAAGUUGGAAAAGGAAUUUAUUUUUCAAAUGAUAUUAAGGUCUGUAUUGAUAAUUAAUAUGCUAAAUACACUUAGGUUGGUGAAAAAUAAUUUGCACCUAUUUUUAUGUCAAGAGUAAAUCCCAAGAAAAUUAAAUAAAGUAAAAUGAUGAAAUCAAAACAAUUUUUCGUUGUUAAUAAUUCAGAAGAUGUGAGACCAUAUAGACUCUUAUUGCAUGAAAAAAAAAAUGAAAAAAAAAAUGAAAAAAAAAAGGAAAAUGAAAAUUUAAAUUAAAAUUUUUGUAUUUAAUUUUGA